CUCCAACUUGCACUGCAAACCACAACACAAUUCAUCGCCACCAUGACUUCCAGAAUCGGUAUUCCCAUCAAGCUGCUCAAUGAGGCUCAGGGCCACAUCAUUACCCUCGAAAUCACUUCGGGCCAAACGUACCGCGGCAAGCUCCUAGAAGCCGAGGACAACAUGAACGUCCAGCUCAAGGACAUUACCGUUACCGCGCGCGACGGCCGCGUCUCGCAUCUCGACCAAGUGUACAUCCGCGGCUCCCACGUCCGAUUCUUCAUCGUCCCCGAUAUGUUGCGCAACGCGCCCAUGUUCAAGAACCACAACGUCCGCGGCCGUGGUGUCGGUAUGGCCAGAGGUCGCGCGACCGUUUCCCGCGCUAGAGCUGGUGGCCGUGGCGGCCGAUAAGCGAAGAAAAAAACGAAGAAAAUUGGAAAAGCAACAUGUUGGAUGCGGCGAGUGUGUUUAGAUUUUAUCUGACGGACUUGGUCGGCCUGAAAACUGGCGCAUAAAACACUUUUGGGGCUCAAUCACGGCGUUUCACGGUUAUGGAUUUUGCUGUUACUUUUUUUUAUUGAAAAUUAUUUGAUGAGGGGUUUUGUUUGGCUGAGCAUGGAGCUGUCGGCUGGCAACCCAUGGAUCUAGAUUAUUAUUGUAUAGAAUAAAAUACAUCCUGGUCCAAAGAUUACUAUACCCAUUGUGAGUGUAGAGGUUACGGAGGGCAACUUGAUAGACGAUGGGAACAGAAAUGAGAAUGCGUUCAUGAAAAUGUGUCUAACUUUUACAUAGUAUUCUAUCGUACAAUGCGGCGUAGCUUUACUUCAUCUUGGAUAAAGCAUCGCUUGCCUUUUCCACCAGCUCCUUGGCCGCGCUGAUAUCGGCGGCAAGGUGUUCGGGAAUCUCAGCAUCCGAUGAAAGAGCCUUGAUAACACUCUGUUCAGUGCCUCUGACGGCCUUGCGUCCUUCUUCACGGACUUCACCCUCCCAGUAUUCUCUCGCAGCCUCCCACUUCUUUUGCAUGCGACCGAGGCCGUAGACGAUACCCAGCGCUGCAACAGCUCCAACCUCGUAGAAGGUGGUGGAAAAGGACGAAACAUACAGCAGUCCUGCAAGCGUAGCUGAUAUGGUCGAGGUGCCAAGGGAUUGGACAACCAGUCUCUGGGCUAGAGCUUGCAGCGCGGGAAUGGUUUCGUCCUUCAGAUAUCUGCGCGUAAAGCCAAUAUGGCCGGGCCAUCUAGGCAGGCUUUUCGGCGCAAGCGGUGCUAGAGCACGGUCGGUAGGUUCCUUGGAGCUUUGAGAUGUCUCGGAGACUGGCUGGCUAUAGAGCGGGACGCUGCCUCGCUGCUCAGCGAUACGUCCGGCGAGAUGUAUGAGGUUGUUCUCCGACGUGGGUAAGAAGCGCUGGCUUAGGAUAUCAUUUGUGAGCAUUCCAACGUCAUCUACCCUCCAGAAGAGUUUCCACCAUCCAAGCUUGCGCCAUCUGCGGCCAGCGAAAGCCUUGUCCAUCUCGCUUUGAAGCUCAGCGUGGGCUGCGCGGGACCAGUCUGAUAGGCCGGCUUCCAUGGCUGCUGUGACGGCAUCGCUCAUCUUGGGAGCGUCAAUCAUGGCCUCAAGUUCCGCUUCUUGUUCCUUCACAGACGCGUUUGCACUCUCUACCAGUGAUGUGAGAAGGUGCUUCAUGGCGGGCUUGGUUUGGCGGUCUGGGCUGGCGGAGCUCUGUCGCAGCCAUGUUGUAAUAGCUGGGAGAUUGCUAGCAAACCAGAGCUUUUCAUAUUGCACGGCAUUCUGAGGCCCUUGGCGGAAUAGCCGGACAGCCUCUUGCGCCUGUGUCACAUCCACCACCUUGAAGUGGCCGUGUAGUUGGUCUGUGGUAAUUUUGGGCAUAUCCACUGCACCAAUUAUCGAUUGACUGAGAUGUUCGAUUGGUAGAUUGGCGAGCUGGACUGCGCCUCCAAAAUUCUCGCCAACAACAAUAGCUUGAUGAACGGGCGUAGUCAUGGGCGAGACGCGGUCCUGGGCUGAGGCGAUAUCGACAGACGGGACGAGGAUAGCUUCUUCCACUGCUGAGUCGGCUCCGGCUUGUGAAGGUGAUGCGACGGCGUUUACGUUCAAGACGAGGAAUUCGAGAUUCAAGUUGUUGAACUGUGGCGAUGAAAUGUGAAGCUCUUCGACAGGGUUGUGGCGCGCGAAUUCGAGAGUUGAACCGUAGGAGCCAGUCGGUCCGACACGCACCACGAGCGGUACAUUGGGGUCGUAACCAUCCAAUUGUGUCUCCCAGGGCUGCUCAUCGGUAAGAGGAUCUGAAAGAAUGGCUCGGAGAAGCUUGCGGGCAACGAUUGUGGUGUCGCCUAGGCCCAGCACAGCGAUGCGGAUAAUCUCUUGCCCCGCGGGCUUUUGGAGACCCUGCAACGCCAAUUGAAGUCUGGAUAGGUUCAUGGCAUUGGGUAGAUGCUUAUUGAGCUGGUUCAAUGCAUUCUGAAGCUCCAGUCGCGCGUCUUUCGAUGUGCUCUCGUAUCUCGAGGACGGCAUCGUUUUGCGCGCAAGGAGGGUCGGUCGAGCUGGCGACGCAGCCACGGUGCAUUUCGGGCAUGAUUGGGCUGCUCGUCGGGUCGCAGCCCUCGAAAUGGCCCUCAUCUGACCACUUUGUCCGAGCAAAGGACGCUGUGGUGCCAUGGUGAUGGAUGCCGUCGAGGGGUUGAAGUGUGUGAGUGCUUGGGUCAGGUGCGGGAGCUACGG